AUGAAGGACUUAGGUGAGCUGAAAUAUUUUCUGGGAAUUGAGUUUGCAAGAUCAGAAAAAGGAAUCCUAAUGCAUCAAAGCAAGUAUGCAUUAGAUUUAAUAUCAGAAUCUGGACUCAGUGCUGCUAAACCUGCAAGUACUCCCAUAGACACAAAUGUGAAGCUUACCACUAGAGAAUAUGAUCAAUAUGUCAAGGAAAUCAGAAAUCAGGAAGGUGAAGGACAUGAACAAAGAUCAGACAACAAAGAAGAUGAAUUACUUGAAGAUCAAGGAAGUUAUCAAAGACUAAUAGGAAAGUUAUUAUACUUAACAGUUACAAUACUUGAUAUUGCCUACAGUGUACAGACUUUAAGUCAGUUUUUACAACAACCAAAAAGAUCACAUAUGGAAGCUGCAUUAAGAAUAGUAAGGUAUGUAAAAACUCAACCUGGACAAGGAAUUCUAAUGUCAAGCACCAGGAAAGACAUAGUUACAACAUUUUGUGAUGUUGAUUGGGCAGCCUGCUCAUUCUCAAGAAAAUUAGUGACAGGGUUUAUGAUAAAGCUGGGAGAAUCACUUAUUUCAUGGAAAUCCAAGAAACAAACAACUAUUUCAAGAAGCUCAGCUGAAGCUGAGUACAGAAGCAUUGCAACUACAGUGGCAGAAUUGACAUGGGAAAAAUUAGGAAUGAUCAAAACUGAGUACAUACACACAACUGAGCAGCCUGCAGAUAUUUUUACAAAAGGGUUGAGCAAAGUUCAACAUGAAUAUCUAGUUUCCGAACUAGGAUUAUUCAACAUUUUCAUGGCUCCUAGCUUGAGGAGGAGUGUUGAAGAGUAUUGUAAAUAA